AGAGACAUGAACUUGUAAUUUCGUACAGCGCACCAAUCCUGCUUAUUCCUAAGCGAUCACGUGUGGCUUUGAAAGGAUUCGCAUCGUCACCGUCGGUUUGUUGGGCCCACGUGAACAUUCUCAGUAGCAGAAACCAGGUACCCGCAGAAUCAUAUCAUACCUCCCUGAUCCUGACACGUUUAUUUCAUUCUCUCUAUCUCUCUCUUUUGCGGUUUUAAAAAAAAAAAAAAAAAAAUUGAAAAAGACAAUUCUUUCGAAUUCUAGUGAAAGAAAGACCGCAGAGAGAGAGAGAGAGAGAGAGAGAUCGAAAGCCAAUUGAAGAAGAAGAAGAAGAAGAAGAAGAAGAAGAAGAAGCUAUGCAGCUGAUAAACGCGGUAAUGGCGAUUCGGAUGCUGAGUCGGAACCCGGGGGGGUUGGAAUCGGAAAUCGGAAGCGGCAUACCGUUUGGAUCGGUGUGGUGGUUCGUUUACGCGGGGAUCUGCUGCUUUCUUGUCCUGUUCGCCGGAAUAAUGUCAGGUCUAACCCUAGGCCUCAUGUCUCUCGGUCUCGUCGACCUCGAGAUUCUUCAGCGAAGUGGCACUCCCUCUGAGAAAAAGCAAGCUGCUGCUAUACUUCCAGUGGUUCAGAAGCAGCAUCAGCUUCUUGUCACUUUGCUUCUAUGUAAUGCCGUUGCCAUGGAAGCACUUCCUAUAUACUUGGAUAAACUUUUCAAUCAGUAUGUCGCUAUAAUUCUGUCUGUGACUUUCGUUCUAUUUUUCGGAGAGGUUAUUCCACAAGCUAUAUGCUCUAGAUAUGGACUUGCUGUUGGUGCCAACUUUGUUUAUCUUGUGCGGAUUCUAAUGAUUAUUUGCUAUCCGAUUGCGUAUCCGAUUGGCAAGAUAUUGGACUGGGUACUGGGACACAAUGAAGCAUUAUUUAGGAGAGCUCAGUUGAAAGCCCUUGUCUCCAUCCAUAGCCAGGAGGCUGGCAAGGGAGGUGAACUUACACAUGAUGAGACAACAAUUAUCAGUGGUGCACUUGAUUUAACUGAAAAGACCGCUGAGGAGGCUAUGACACCCAUCGAAUCAACCUUUUCCUUAGAUGUUAACUCAAAGUUAGACUGGGAAGCCAUGGGGAAAAUUCUUGCUCGGGGUCAUAGUCGAGUCCCUGUCUAUUCUGGGAAUCCAAAGAAUGUCAUUGGGCUUCUUUUGGUGAAAAGUCUUCUUACAGUCCGACCAGAAACAGAGACCCCAGUCAGUGCUGUUUCCAUCCGAAGAAUUCCCCGGGUUCCUGCAGAUAUGCCACUGUAUGAUAUAUUGAAUGAGUUUCAGAAGGGCAGCAGUCAUAUGGCAGCUGUGGUGAAGACUAAAGGGAAAAGCAAGGCCCUUCCACCAAUGAUUGAUGCGGAGAAAGUUGAAGGAAAAAAGCAAAACGGCGGGGACUCCCAACUGACUACUCCUCUUCUUGCCAAGCAGGAUAAAAAAUCCGACAGUGUUGUUGUUGACAUUGACAGGGCUACAAAGCCUACCAAUUUAAGUAAGGAAAGUAAUGGUUUGCCCAGUUUGUCAGAUGACAUAGAAGAUGGAGAAGUCAUAGGUAUUAUCACCCUGGAAGAUGUAUUUGAAGAACUUCUGCAGGAGGAGAUUGUGGAUGAAACAGAUGAAUAUGUUGAUGUACAUAAAAGGAUACGUGUCGCUGCAGCCGCAGCUGCUUCAUCGAUGGCAAGGGCACCAUCAAUUCGUAGGUUAACCGGCCAGAAGGGACCAGGAGGUCAAAGUAAGCAAGGACUAACCCCGAAGAAAUCAGUUGAGGACAAUUUGAACUCGCCCAGGUUACAAGGGGCUUUUAGCGAACAUGGGAACAAACGACAAUAGCGCGACAAGUCAUUUUUCAAUUCGAAUGAUCUCUCCAAGGAAGACAUAUUUGUAUUCAAACUGAAGCAGAGAAAGGAAGAGUGUGGCUGGGGCGUUGUUACAUAAAAUGUAAUUUUUUUGUAUUUUUGUUUUUGUUUUUUUUUUUUUUUUUUUUGGGUAGUUUGUUUAGGAAUUUACGUAUGCUUGUCUUAAAUUUCACGCCGCAUUAAUUUAUAAAAUAUGUUUAGUGGCUUGAGCUGAAUAUGUACGUAAAACAUCUUUGAUUUUGAUCC